AUGGGUUCUAACGACAUCCCUCCACCUCACGUUCCUCUCCAUGUUGUGCCCCUCUGCAAUUUCUUUCUUCAAGUUGGAGGAGGUCUCUGGACGGUCUGUUACAUCCUAUAUGUCCGCGAGUCCCUUCGCUCGCGAUCAUAUGGCAUGCCUCUCUUCGCUCUCGCUCUCAAUUUUUCCUGGGAAUUGGUGUAUGCCCUCUACGUUGCCGAAUCACCACUGGAGAAAUCUGUUUUCACUCUUUGGUUGCUCAUAGACUGUGGAUUGGUGUAUGGUAUUGUCCGAUAUGCCAGGUAUGAAUGGACGCACUCGCCGACAGUGGCGCGUCACAUUGGGGCUAUAUUCACGGUGAUGACGGCUGUUGCCACGCUCGGCCAUUGGACGUUUGCAAGGUGGUGGAUCGAAAAUGAAAUUGGCAAGAAGGAUGGCAAGUUCUACAGAGGUGUUGUGGGUCCCGAUACGACAGAAUUGGGCUUUUGGAGUGCAAUACUUUGCCAAUGCUAUUUGUCGGCGGCAAGCUUAUGCCAACUGAUGGUGCGACAGCACUCUGGGGGGGUGAGUUGGGCAAUAUGGAGCACCAGAACCGCCGGUUCAAUCAUUGGAUUCUACCUUGUUUAUGGCUGGGAGUGGUACUUUUGGAGGGAAGCUCAUGAAUAUGUCGUGUCGCCGUUCGCGGUCUUCUUAUGGGCAACAAGCUUUAUCUGCGACUUUGCAUACCCCUGCAUGCUGUUAUGCGUUCAGAAGACAGAGAAGGUCCUGCCUGACGGAAGAAAGGAAGCUGGAGAGUCAGAGAUAUCCUGGGAAGCGAAAAAAUCAAUCUGA